AUGGGACGAAGAUGGCCGUUGGCACUAACCUUUGGCGUGUCCGGUACAGCCUGUCUAAUUACGCUACCGAUUCAAUGGUUCAUGACUGAUUAUGAUGUCGUGGUGACAACUUUCGCAAUGAUCGGAAAAUUCACAAUCAGUGCAUCGAACGCUAUCGUACCCGUUUUCACCGCAGAGCUUUAUCCGACAGCGCUACGAAACGUUGGAGUGGGGGCUAGCAACGUUUCGGCCGGUGUAUCGUUAUUGCUCAUACCGUAUCUGUGGGAAUUGUUCGGCGAACAUGGAUCUGGAUUUAGUUCUAAGGGAGAAGUUCAAGAUUUUUACUCCCUUCGAGACCAGCAUGUCGAAAAUGGCACAUUGUUUGAAGAUCCCGAAUUUCCUGCAGAUGACUCUUCGUUGUUUUACAGCCAAAGACCCGAUAGAUAUUAUGAAUGGAAAAGGCCUGGAGAAAUUGUGGACAACCCCCAGCUGUUUGUGGAAGGUUAUUCGAGAUUUGACGUUCAACAAGGCGAAUUAGGGGACUGUUGGUUACUCGCAGCUGUCGCCAACAUUACUUUGUAUAGACGUUUGUUUUUCCAAAUUGUUCCUGAUGAUCAAGGAUUUGAUGAAAAAUAUGCGGGCAUAUUUCACUUUAGAUUUUGGCAGUACGGUAAAUGGAUAGAUGUGGUGAUAGACGACAGGCUUCCCACAUAUAGGGGUCAACUGAUUUAUCUUCACUCAACGGAAGAAAAUGAAUUUUGGAGUGCCUUAUUGGAAAAAGCAUAUGCCAAGUUGCAUGGUUCAUAUGAAGCCCUUAAGGGAGGUUCAACUUGUGAAGCUAUGGAAGAUUUCACUGGUGGUGUCACAGAAAUGUACGAGAUGGAAGCAACACCCCCCAACCUCUUCAAAAUAAUGAUCAAAGCUUAUGAGAGAGGUUCAUUAAUGGGUUGUUCCAUUGAGCCCGAUCCACGUGUACUAGAAGCCCAAACACCAGAGGGGCUUAUUAAAGGCCAUGCCUACAGUAUAACAAGGGUGAAAUUUGUAGACAUCCAUACGCCAAAUACAGCUGGUAAAAUACCUCUUCUAAGACUUAGGAAUCCUUGGGGUAACGAAAGCGAAUGGAAUGGUGCAUGGAGUGACAAAUCUCCAGAAUGGCGGUUUAUUCCAGAACACGAGAAGGAGGAUCUAGGUUUGACCUUCGAUGAUGAUGGCGAGUUCUGGAUGUCAUUUAAGGACUUCCAGGAACAUUUCACCCGUUUGGAAAUUUGCAACUUAAGUCCAGAUUCGUUGAGUGAAGAAGAGCUGAUGGAAGGACACAAGAAGAAAUGGGAAAUGUCCGUGUUUGAAGGUGAAUGGGUGAGAGGAGUUACUGCUGGUGGUUGCAGAAAUUUCUUAGAGACAUUUUGGCAUAAUCCGCAGUACCGCAUCACUCUUACUGAAGUGGACGAAGGGGAUGACGAAUCUAAGUGUACCGUAAUUAUCGCCUUAAUGCAGAAGAAUAUGAGAUCAAAACGAGUUAUGGGAGUGGAUUUGUUAACCGUUGGAUUUGCCGUAUACUAUUUGCCUUAUCCGGACAGAGUGCCUAAACCUCUAGACUUAAACUUUUUCAAAUACAACGCAUCGGUGGCGAGAUCGCCGUCCUUUAUAAACUUGAGAGAAGUCAGCUGUCGUUUUAAGCUUCCACCUGGUACCUACUGUAUAGUGCCUUCGACCUUUGAUCCCGACGAGGAGGGCGAGUUCUUGCUCAGGGUCUUUUCCGAGCACAAAAACAACAUGGAAGAGAACGAUGAACAAGUUGGGCUCGGAGAAGUGGACACUAGGGUAAAGAAUCAAGAACCUAGUCCAGAAGAGGAGCAAAUAGCAGACAGAGUGAAGGACUACUUUUUGAAACUUGCAGGAGAAGAUAUGGAAGUAGACUGGCUCGAAUUAAAAGACAUUUUAGAUUACGCAAUGAGUGAGGAAUUACCAACUAGUAAAGCCGAGUUUAAUGCUGUUGAGUCAGGCAUUCAAAGGCCAAAUCAAACUCAAAAUGAAGGGGGUAGUAACAUUUUAACAACCUUAUUAGGAUUAUUAUGCGCCCGCUUUUGUAAAGAUACCCCUUUGGCUGAAAUAAUUCCGAACCCUGAUACAACUACCACUGUGCACACCACGUCCUUUAAUCGUUACGAGACGGGAGGAAAUGGGUUCUCCAAAGACAUUUGUAGAAGUAUGGUAGCAAUGUUGGAUAAAGACAAAUCUGGUAAACUAGGUCUUGCGGAGUUCAAAAUUUUAUGGGCAGAACUAAAAGACUGGAAGAAUGUGUUCAAACUGUAUGACAAAGACAACUCUAAUGCACUUUCGGGUUUUGAGCUAAGACAGGCUUUAAAUUCUGCUGGCUAUCGAUUGAACAACCAUGUUUUGAAUAUAAUUAUGCACCGAUAUGGUAACAAGAGGUCUGAAUUGCACUUUGAUGACUUCAUUAUGUGUGCAGUGAGGCUUAAGACGAUGCUAGAUAAAUUCAAGGAGAAAGACUCGAGCGACUCAGGCUCUGCAACUUUUUCGUUGGAAGAAUGGGUAGAAACUACCAUAUAUUCGUAAUGAUAACUGCCACCUUUAAGUAUCUAACAAUCGUUUUGUCAUGCAACAAGUUUAAAAGUGCUCUUUCACGUCUACCUAUAUACAUCUAUUUUCUAUUUCAAUUAUUAACUAUUCAAAUGCCAAAGUUUAAUUGUGAAAAUGUUAUCGAAUAAUUAUUAUAUAUAUGAUACUUAUAGCUUUUUAUAUGCGCAUAUUGUCCUCAAAUUGAUGGAAUAAAAUGUUGUAAUCUCAUA